GCACCUCCGGACGGCCCAGGAUGCUACCCGCCAGCCUCCUUCUCCUCCUCUUGGGGGGCGCUCUGGCACAUCCAGACCGGAAACUUUUCCCAAAUCCCGCUUGUGAGGAGCCCCCAGAAGUGCUAUUGGAAGUGCAGGGCACCUUACAGAGACCCCUGGGUCGGGACAGCCGCAGUUCGCCUGCCAACUGCACCUGGCUUAUCCUAGGCAGCAAGGAGCAGACUGUAACCGUCAGGUUCCAGAAACUGCACCUGGCCUGUGGCUCAGAGCGCCUCAUACUGCACUCCCCUCUCCAGCCACUCAUCUCCCUAUGCCAGGCACCAGCCAGCCCCCUGCAGCUGCCUGGAGGCAACGUCACCAUCACCUACAUCUAUGUGGGGGGCAGAGCACCCAUGGGUCAGGGCUUCCUGCUCUCCUACAGCCAAGACUGGCUGAUGUGCCUGCAGGAGGAGUUCCAGUGCCUAAACCACCGCUGUGUGCCCUGGUCCCAGCACUGCGACGGGAUCGAUGCCUGUGGGGAUGGCUCCGAUGAGGCAGGCUGCAGCUCAGACCCCUUCCUUGGACCAACCCCAGCCCCUGUCCCCACCCCACCCUGCAAUCGCACCUUGGAGGACUUCUAUGGGGUCUUCUCCUCCCCUGGAUACUCAAAUCUAGCAUCAGGCUCCCACCCUCAGUCGUGCCUCUGGCUGCUGGACCCCCAUGAUGGCCGACGGCUUGCAGUGCGCUUCACAGCCCUGGAUCUGGGUUAUGGAGAUGCAGUGCAUGUGUACGAUGGCUCUGGGCCCCCUGAAACUCCCCGGCUGCUGCGCAGCCUCACCUACUUCAGCAAUGGCAAGGCUGUCACUGUGGAGACACUGUCUGGCCAAGCUGUCGUAGCCUACCACACAGUUGCUUGGAGCAGUGGUCGGGGCUUCAACGCCACCUACCACGUGCGGGGCUACUGCUUGCCUUGGGACCGACCCUGUGGCUCAGGCUCUGGCCUAGGGGCUGGCGAGGGCCUAGGUGAACGCUGCUACAGUGAGGCCCAGCGUUGUGAUGGUUCAUGGGACUGUGCCGAUGGCACAGAUGAGGAAGACUGCCCUGGCUGCCCACCUGGACACUUCCCCUGUGGGGCUGCUGGCACUUCUGGUGCCACAGCCUGCUACCUGCCUGCUGACCGCUGCAACUACCAGACCUUCUGUGCAGAUGGAGCAGAUGAGAAGCGCUGUCAGCACUGUCAGCCUGGCAACUUUCGAUGCCGGGAUGAGAAGUGUGUAUAUGAAACGUGGGUGUGUGAUGGGCAGCCAGACUGUGCCGAUGGCAGCGAUGAGUGGGACUGCUCCUAUGCCCUACCCCGUAAAGUCAUUACCGCUGCAGUCAUUGGCAGCUUAGUAUGUGGUUUGCUGCUGGUCAUUGCCCUGGGCUGUACCUGCAAGCUCUAUGCCAUACGCACUCAGGAGUACAGCAUCUUUGCUCCUCUCUCCCGGAUGGAGGCUGAGAUUGUGCAACAGCAGGCACCGCCCUCCUAUGGGCAGCUCAUUGCCCAGGGUGCCAUCCCACCUGUAGAGGACUUCCCUACAGAGAACCCUAAUGACAACUCAGUGCUGGGCAACCUGCGUUCUCUGCUACAGAUCUUGCGCCAGGAUAUGACUCCAGGGGGUACCUCAGGUACCCGCCGCCGCCAACGGGGCCGCUCAGUUCGCCGCCUGGUACGCCGUCUCCGCCGCUGGGGCCUGCUUCCCCGAGCCAACCCCCCAGCCCGGGCCCCUGACACCAGAUCCCAGGGCACAGCUUCUGCUUCUCCUCUCGAGGCCCUAGAUGGCAGCACAGGUCCAGUCUGUGAGGGUGGGGCAGUGGGCGGGCAGGAUAGGGAGCAGGCACCCUCGCUUCCGGUCAAGGUCCCCCUCCCAUCUGCUAGCGUGUCACCUGCCCUCCCUGAGGUCCCAGGGCCACUGCCCUCUGCACCACUGGAGCCAUCACUGCUGUCUGGAAUGGUGCAGGCCCUGCGGGGCCACCUCCUGCCCAGCCUGCGUACCCCAGGACCAACCCGGUCCCCAGCUGCACCCCAUACGGUCCUGUCCCCAGAGGACGAGGAUGAUGUGCUGCUUCUGCCACUGGCAGAGCCAGAGGCCUGGGUAGUCGAGGCGGAGGAUGAGCCACUGCUUGCCUGAGGCGAGCUGG